CAAGGCAAAUGUUUACACAAUCUGCUUGGAGUUCACUUUUUACCACAUUGACAACACAAAGGCUGUUGCAACUACCGCUGCUGCAGAUGCUGCUAUUGCUGCUUUAUGCAGGCGGCUCAGCAGCAGCGCUAGACUGGCAACAGGUUAAGCCAAUGUAUUUAGUGUCCAUGUACCCAGGCCCGUUUGGCAUGGCCUUGUCGCAGGCACAAACCACUUCGCUGUCAGCCGAACUGGACGCGGAAAUGAGCGCCAGCAACACCGACAGUCGCCUCAACGAUGACAACAGCGAGGCAGUUGACGAUAGCGCACAACUGUCAACAGAGCCAGAGCCGCUGGUGCUUAAUCUGGAGACGACGCCGCUGCUGGAAGCAAUGUUACCAGAAGGCGCCAUGGCUAUGGAUCGCAUAUUUGGCGGCGAUGUGGGUAAUCCACACCUCUUCCCCUACCAGGUGGGAAUGCUGCUGCAGCGACCCAAAGGACUCUACUGGUGCGGCGGCUCUCUAAUCUCCGAUAAGCAUGUGCUCACAGCGGCGCACUGUGUGGACAUGGCCAAGCGAGCUUUAGUGUUUCUGGGUGCCAAUGAAAUCAAAAAUGCCAAGGAAUCGGGUCAAGUGCGUCUGAUGGUGCCCAGCAGCAAUUUCGACAUUUACCCCACUUGGAAUCCCAAGCGUCUGAAAGAUGAUAUUGCCUUGGUGCGUCUGCCACAUGCCGUCAGCUUUAAUGAGCGCAUACAUCCCAUUCAACUUCCCAAGCGACAUUACGAGUACCGCAACUUUAAGAAUAAGCUGGCCAUUGCCUCCGGCUGGGGACGCUACGCCACGGGCGUACAUGCUAUAAGCACCGUGCUACGUUAUGUGCAGCUUCAGAUCAUAGACGAUCGCACGUGUAAGCGCAACUUUCCGCUCUCCUUUCGCGGUACAAACAUCUGCACCAGCGGCAGAAAUGCGCGCUCCACCUGCAAUGGAGAUUCUGGUGGACCGCUGGUGCUGCAGCGACGUCACUCCAAGAAGCGUGUGCUGGUGGGCAUUACAUCGUUUGGCAGCAUCUAUGGCUGCGAUCGCGGCUAUCCAGCUGCGUUUACUAAAGUGGCCUCAUACCUAGACUGGAUCAGCGAUGAGACGGGUGUGCACUCCCAUCAGGAGACCACGGAGGCCAUUUUCUUUGACCAGUAUGUCAAGCAGUAUGCCAAGCGGCACCAAAGUCGCAAGCACGCCUACACCUCCCAUGCUGACCUGUCGGAUGAACUCGACGUGCAAGACGAUGGGUACAGCACGCAUGCAAAGUCCAAGGCCGAGUCGGAAUUUUAUUUCUUGUAGUUU